AGCACUGUCAUCAGCUGCAUUGCUUGCUGCCAAAUAUGGGCCGUGGCAAGAAGCCAAGUCUUUUGCCCCCCGAGGAGGAGGCAGUGGUGCUGGCCAACGUCGCCGAACAAGCAGAGCGUUAUGACGACAUGGUCGAGUACAUGAAGGAUCGAAUCAGCGCCGGCAAGCGCUUUGCCGGGAAGAGCGGGAGAUGGUGGCCGCAGCCUUCAAGGGCGCCAUGAGCAGCCGUCGGCUAGCAGUGCGAGUGGCCAAAAGCAUCCAGGAUCAGGAGGCGGAAGCUGACAAAGAGAAGAAUGCGGCGCUUGCGGCAGGCUACCUGAGCAAGGUGCGCUUGGAGCUGCAAGGCAUUUGCAUUCAGGUCCUGGAGCUGAUAGAGGGCACUCUUCUGCCCAAGGCAGAGAAUGGAGAGCCCAAAGUCUUCUACAAGAAGAUGCAGGCCGAUUACUACCGUUACCUUGCAGAGUUUCUGCAGGACAGCAAGGAGGCGGUGGCCAGUGCCAGCGAAGUCUACGCAGAUGCCACGGCCGAGGCGGAAACACACCUCAUGGUGACGCAUCCGCUGCGCCUGGGCUUGGCGCUGAAUCACGCCGUGUUCCAGCAAGUGGUGCAACAGGACACCGCUGCUGCAGUGCGGAUCGCCAAGGACGCCCACCAUGUGGCAGUUCGCGCACUGGAAGGCAUGCCUCAGGAGGCCUUGCGGGACGCCAAUCCGCUGCUGAUGCUUCUGCAGGAAAACCUGCGGGCUUGGUCUCCUGAGGACUUUCCAUAGGGCAGGUUUCACCAGCGCACCAAAGGUAAUUGCCUUUUGCAGCACAGUGGAGCAGUUC